UCAGAGUGACGCCGACCGAGUGACUGAGAUAUUUCCUAUAAUGGUAGAUAUCUAUUAAGAAUAAUGACUAACUUACCGCUUUUGGUUAUUGCCAUCAUUGAGGCCUGCUAUCUCUUGAAGAUAAACAUACAGGAUGUCAGGUCGAGGUAAAGGCGGCAAAGGUCUCGGGAAAGGAGGUGCUAAGCGCCACCGUAAGAUUCUGAGAGAUAACAUACAAGGUAUCACCAAACCAGCUAUACGCCGUCUAGCGCGUCGUGGUGGUGUUAAGCGUAUCUCCGGUCUAAUCUAUGAGGAAACUCGUGGUGUUCUCAAGGUCUUCUUGGAAAAUGUCAUCAGAGACUCUGUCACCUACACAGAACACGCAAAGAGAAAGACUGUGACUGCACUCGACGUCGUCUACGCUCUCAAGAGACAGGGUAGAAUACUCUACGGUUUCGGCCAAUAAGCGUGUACUUUAUUGUAUCUAUUAUGUAUCUUUAGAACCUUGAUGUCAU